CUCAUACUUGCAGAGAUGGGGUCACAAGCUCUCUGCUACUACAAAUACUCUUCGCAAUAGAAUGGAUUUUAUACGUACGAUUUUGGGUCCAAGGCUCUCGUUCCUUCCCGAACUUCCGUGGAAUUACCUCCAAUUAUGCCCGCUCUCGUCAACAGUAAUCCACCGCCGCCCUUGGUAUCAUGGUCUGAGCACCCGGUGACGACUGAACCUCUUGACUGGGCGCCUCUAGUGAUCAUCGAUCUAGCCAAGUUCGACCAACCCGGUGGAAAGCAAGAGCUCGCGAAUGAGCUCAAAGAUGCUGUCAAGCUUUGGGGCUUCUGGACGGUUAUUAACACUGGCAUAUCUCAAGAACAACUCGAUCGACAACUCGAUAUUGGUAACACGUUUUUCAAGCAACCGUUAGCGGAGAAGAAGAAAGUUGCUUGUAAUUUUUCUGAGGGAAAUUACUUUGGAUACCGGGAGCCCUAUCGACUCGUUGGCAAAUCUGAUGUCAAGGAAAAUAUGGAAAUGUUGAAUCUCCCGAAAUACACCCCCCAUUACGAGUCUUAUCCACGCCACGAUUUUAUUCAGGCCUACAAGAAUGAAAUACAACCCUUCCAUCGGCUUGUAUGGGACAAUGUUAUUCGCAAAUUGUUCAUCUUGUUUGCCAUCAUCCUCGAGCUUCCGGAGGAUUAUUUUGUUCAGAGACAUGAUUAUGACAAGCCUUCUGAAGAUCACCUCCGUUAUAUGAUUUACCACCCUAGGCCCGCUGAAGAUGAUGCGAAGAUUGGAGGCCAAUGGAGUGCCGGGCAUACUGACUUUGGUUCCAUGACACUUUUAUUCUCUCAAUCCGUAGCAGCACUCCAAAUACGAACCCCGAACAACGAAUGGAAAUGGGUCAAACACAUCCCAGGUGGUAUAACCUGCAACGCAGCCGAUACUUUAUCGUUCCUUACCAAGGGAUACAUUAAAAGCACGGUCCACCGCGUAAUGCGCCCACCACCUGACCAAGCGAAUCUCGAAAGGUUGGGUCUCUUCUACUUCGUGCGCCCAGGCGACGACGUUCCAAUGGUCCCUGCCCCGAGCCCUGUUCUUAUUCGUGAAGGCUAUCUUUCUGAAGACGAGGCAAAACUUGCUUCGGAAGGACAAAUUUCAGAUGCCGUGAAAGGUUUUGAAUAUGUUCGUGCACGGGUCAAGAACGUCCAUACUCGCAACACUCGACAUGUGCAUGACGGUCGUGGCAUGAAAGAGGUUUUCCGUCUCAAGAACCUUGAAGUUCCGGAUUUUUAUGUAUAAAAAUAAGAUAUAUGCGAUGUUAUUACAUGGGCAAGUCCUGAGUCUGUGCAUAUACUUACGGUGUGAUACAUACGAGUUUGCUGUAACUGAUGUACAUUUCGUUCAUGUAGUAUGUAGUCGGAUUUCAUUUCUCCAACAGGGAAAUUUGGGACUCCGAGUCGGAGAUGGAUACUAAGUGAUCAUCCUCAAUCAUCGC